AGCAGCCGCAGCCAUGGAGAUGCAGUCGUACUACACGAAGCUGCUGGGAGAGCUGAACGAGCAGCGCAAACGGGACUUUUUCUGCGACUGCAGCAUCAUCGUGGAGGGAAGGAUCUUCAAAGCGCACAAGAACAUCCUGUUCGCCAACAGCGGCUACUUCCGAGCCCUCCUCAUCCCCUACAUCCAGGACAGCGGCCGGCACAGCACCGCCUCCCUCGACAUCGUCACCUCCGAGGCGUUUUCCAUCAUCCUGGAUUUCCUCUACUCGGGAAAGCUGGAUCUGUGUGGGGAGAACGUGAUCGAGGUGAUGUCUGCUGCUAGCUACCUGCAGAUGACUGAUGUGGUCAACUUCUGCAAGACAUACAUAAGGUCUUCCUUGGAUAUCUGCAGGAAGAUAGAGAGGGAAGCAGCUUUUUACCAGGCUGACAGUGGGAGCUCUGCCAGGGAGGGCACCACCUCCUUCAGCUCCAAGAGCUCUGCCCCUGGCUCUUCCCCGCAGGAGAAGGAAGGGAUGUCGGAAUGCCAGCGGGACCCUCCCUGUGGUGCCUGCAGCAGCUGCCACCCCCUGGAGCUGGUGGUCAGGGACCCUGUCAGCAGUGACUCCCCAGAUGAUGCCAACUCCUCCUCCCUGCCCAAAGUGGUGGAGCCCAAGGUGGAGUUUGACCCCGACGAGGUGGAGGUGGAGGUGGGCGAGCGCCUGCCGCAGUAUCCCACCCCGUUAUCCCUGGAGCAGAUGGAGGAAGGGCUGCAUGGAGGGCAGCCCGUGGACCUGGCCUGCAACAACUACCACAUGAAGCAGUUCCUGGAGGCUCUGCUGCGCAACAGCUCUGCUCAGAGGAAGGAGGAUGUGGUCCACCACUUUGUCCGAGGGUUUGAGGGCAGGAGUGAGGAUGCAGGAGUGCCCAUGAGCUCCAUGAUGGACAUUCACAGCGACUGGUAUGGAGAGGACACAGGUGAUGUGUUGGUGGUGCCCAUCAAGCUGCACAAAUGCCCUUUCUGCCCUUACACUGCCAAGCAGAAAGGGAUCCUGAAGCGCCACAUCCGUUCCCACACGGGGGAGAGGCCUUACCCCUGCGAGACCUGCGGGAAGCGUUUCACGCGCCAGGAGCACCUGCGCAGCCAUGCCCUCAGUGUGCAUCGCUCCAACAAGCCAAUCAUCUGCAAAGGCUGCAGGAGAACCUUCACCAACAGCCUGUCCCAGGGCCUGCGGCGCUUCGGCCUCUGCGACAGCUGCACCUGCGUCACCACCACCCACGAGGACUCCAUGCCCAUCAACCUCAGCCUGAUGGAAACCUCCUCAGAAGGCCAGGAGAAGGCUGAUGCUGACAACGAUUGGCCCAUCUAUGUGGAGUCUGGAGAGGAGAACGAUGCAGCUGAUGAGGAUGAUGCUGAUGACAAGCAGGAGAUCCACAGGAGCUUAUCAGACCGAGAGACUCUAAUGUAG